AUGACCAUGAACCCCUAUAUCAGCUGGGCCAUCCUGCUCGUUGUGGCCGGUGGUCUCGGCUGGUACUACACCAACGGCUCGACCCCGAAGGCCAAGACCGCCGUCCGGGCCGCGGUCGAGAAAACGGAGGCCGCUGUUGCGCCGGCCAAAAAACAAAAGGCACGGAAGCCCAAACCUGCCGAGUCGGCCGCCAAGCAGCCCGAGGUGAAGACCGUGGUCUCUCCCACGACCACCGAGGAUGAGCAGCCCGACGAGGAUGUCGACCGCAAGGAGAUGGCGCUCCGCCUGGCCGCCAUAAAGAACGGCACUCCCCUGCCCGCGGCUCCCUCUUCCAAGAGUCAGAAGAAGAAGCAGCAGAAGAAGGCUGCUCAUCUCGAGAGUGGCUCCCACGCUUCUUCUACCACAGGUGCCGAGGCGGAUGACGACCUGUCUCCUGCUGUCUCUCCCCAGGUGAACGCCGCGACCUCGGCCGGCUACGUGUCCGACAUGCUCGAGGCUCCCGCCCCGGGAGCUUCGGUGCUCCGCGUGACCGGUAACAUGGAGAGCGAGCCCAAGAAGCAGAAGGUGCAGUCUUUCAAACAGGUGGAGACCAAGAAGCAGCGCCAGCAGCGUCUUAAGAACGAGGCGCGCAAGGAACAGGUUCAGGAGGCUGAGAACGAGCGCCGCAAGUUGCUCGAGAAGCAGCUGCACACCGCUCGCGAAUCCGAGCGUCGCGAGGCUGCUCGCUCCCAAGCCCCUACCAGCAAUGCCUGGCAGACCAAGGCUGCACCAGCAACCAAUGGCGCUUCGCAGCCUCCCGCUGCUGCUCCCGUUGCCGCCGCCGCUCCCGUGCAGCUCCUCGACACCUUUGAGCCCUCCCAGGCCGCCGCGGCCCAGAAGAAGUGGAACCAGAAUCUCCCUUCGGAGGAGGAGCAGAUGCGCAUCCUGGGCGCCUCGAAGGCCGAUGAGGACUGGACCACCGUCCCUAGCAAGAAGAUCAAGAAGAAGGGUGGCAAGGCCGACGAGAGUGUCAGCGAGGCCAGUGCCUCCGAAUCUCAGCCUGUCCCCGUCGCUCCCCUGGCUGCUCCCGAGCCUCGCGUGACUGUGACGCCGACCUACAUUCCCGACAUCCUGCGCUCUCGUGAGAAGGGCCACCCGCUGGACUCGGACUGGACCGCUUGA